AUUAGGGAGAAGAAAAUGAUAUUUAACCUUGAGAGACCUGGCACGUUUCUUGCCCCAGGCGGACUUGUAUUAUCUUCUCAGACACAUCCUCAGCCAGGCGCUCAGUUUUCGGCUGUUCCUAGGCCAGACUACAGAACAAUGCUUUGGCUGGGAACAGUUUUGCUGUUUGUUUACGUGGCCGAAGGACAAGUCAGCCCUUCCUGCGUCUCGCUGGGUGGUUCAGACGGCAGCUGCGGCUCCCAGGCUGAGUGUUCUCCUUACCUGAGUCUUGUCAGCCAGAGAAGCGAACCUUCUGUACAACCCUUCUUCAACACGCCGUUGGGAGAGCAGUUGCUGAGCUACGUCUCGAGAUGUUGCCCUUCAGUUUCUUCUAAGCCUCUCAUUCCAACCGAGGAAGAAUGCGGCUUCUCUGAGCCUUCAGGUCCUCAGAACGAUCUUCAGAGGCGCGGUGCAUGGCCGUGGCUUGCUGCCGUUGGAAAACCUUUCCAAAACACCUUUCUUCCAAUAUGUGGAGGAUCCCUUAUCACACGUCGCCAUGUUCUCACAGGCGCUCAUUGCAUGUCUGCUGAAAGUGGUAUAAACCAACACUACGUUCGUCUCGGUGACUUCGACCUGACCCGCACUGACGAGGCUCAUCAUAUAGACGUACUCGUCCUGAACCACACUGAUCCAGGAUAUAGUACAACUACACACAGAGACGACAUAUCCAUCUUGACUCUGGAAAGGGACGUUGAAUUCAAUGACUUCAUUCGGCCAGUCUGCCUUCCUUUCAACUACCGGAGCGAGGAAUUCUUGACUAAGCAUCUUGCUGUUGUUGGCUAUGGCCGUACUGCCACCGCAGAUGUCGAGGCAUCGAAACUACCAGUUUCAGCAGUGCUUAAAGUGGUAGAUUUAGGCACAUGUCAGGCCAAAUAUGACAGACUGAGCCUCACCCUCACGGAUUCGCAGAUGUGUGCAGGCAGCGAAGGUGGAGACUCCUGUGGCGGUGAUGGCGGCGGGCCUCUCAACUACUUCGACGUCAACACCCGCAGGUUCUACGUUGUUGGCACGGUCUCGCUCGGCGUCGGGUGCGGCAGUACAGGCUUCCCUGGAGUCUACACACGAGUAGGCGCCUACCUCCGUUGGAUCAAGAAUAAUAUAGAGUGAGAACCUCUCUGACGCAGCAAUGAUUUUUGCUGGCUGUUCUGUUUGCUGAACUUGUGAGCCAGAUUUUAGAACCUUUAAUGCGAGGAAUUUUCAUAAAUAUAUUAUUUUCAUUUUUUUUUUCAUUUUUCCCAUUUAUGGCGUACGCUUUAAUAAAAACAUAAAAAUGAUGAUCCUGAUCAAAUUAGAGAUCCUACGGAAGAGGUCGUCAUUUUUAUAUUUUUGCCUUGUACUAUCUGGAGGGGGGGCGGGGUUUGGGAAAAGAAUAUUUUUUGUAAACGUGAAAAUAAUGAAGAAAUGGAUGACCCCUUAUGUAAACGUGUUUUGGGAUUUGACUUCUAUUUUGACAGCCAUUUUCUGAUCAAUGAUAGAAGUAAGGUAACAGAAAAUUCCGUAGGAAAUAUUUUUUACAGCGGUUAUAUUAAUCAAUCGCAUAUAAACUAUAUAUAUAUAUAUAUAUAUAUAUAUAUAUAUAUAUAUAUAUAUAUAUAUAUAUAUAUACAUAUAUAUAUAUAUAUAUAUAUAUAUAUAUAUAUAUAUAUAUAUAUAUAUAUUAGUGUUUGCUCAAUGGCUAUAUUUUAAAUAACUAUGGUUAUAUUCAUUGAAUAUUAUGUGAUGUACUAAAUCACGUUGCAAGAAUUAGGAACAACAAAGUUAGAAAGUAAGGUAAACUAAGGUAAAAAUACACAGACGGUGGCUGUGCAAUUGUAACUGCAAUGAGUGCAACUAACAGCAGAAACGCUUCUUUAUGCUUUUUUUGACCACUGACUAAAUUAUAGCGUUGUGUGUUCGCCCGGACUCCCAGUCCCUCAAUUAUAAGUCGUUCUCUUAUUCCAGGCAAAUUUUCCAAUGAAGCAAUAAAUAUAAAUGAAA